CGGACCCUAUCGCGCAUGCGCUCCUCAAAUACCCAUGGUUGACUCAAAUGUUUUAGUGACUGACAGUUCUCUUCACACGUCCAUGCUGACAGCGGCGUCCACGUAUUUAUGUCUAUGCGCGUGAGAGUUGGCAGGCCUGGACCUAGAUCCUCUUUUUUCCGCAUACAUCUGAGGAAAGUGAGAUUCUGCCUUAGUAUAUAUUACCUCUUCAUGCAGUUCUGUGAAGUUUGUCGUCGCGAUGGGGACAGGCAGUAAAGAUCUGUCUGGUCAGCUUCAGAGAGUUCCUCUGUCUGAGUCCCAGCUGGACUUCUCCGGUCAGCCUUACUCCGUGUCCGUCCUCAAAGUCGGAUACAGUCUCCCUCAGACCGACGGCACGUUUAGAGCCGACGGGACGAUCACUCUCAUCACCGGACCCAGAACUAUUCUGGUGGACACCGGGGGGCCGUGGGACCGCGACUUUCUCCUAAUCACACUGAAGGAGAGGGGUAUCGUACCGGGAGACAUUAACUUCGUUGUAGGGACUCACGGACAUUCAGACCACAUCGGGAAUCUGAGUCUUUUUCCAUCCGCGGUGAUAAUUGUAGGAUAUGAUAUCAGUGAAGGGGACACAUACCGUCCUAACAAGCUUGCAGAGGGACAGGCAUACUGUGUGGAUGAGCAUGUGUCUGUAAUUCCCACUCCUGGCCACACAGCACAAGAUGUCAGUGUCCAGGUGAGGGGAACUACAGCGGGCACAGUGCUUGUUGCAGGGGACUUAUUUGAGUCCUACUCAGAUGAGGAGACCUGGCGGGACCUGAGUGUGAACACUGCAGUGCAGGAGGUCAGCCGCCAGGCAGUGCUGCAGACUGCUGAUGUCAUUAUACCAGGACAUGGACUCCCUUUUAGAGUUGUCAGGAACUGAAGAACUGAGUCUGGAGAUCAGUGACAUAUUAACUGGAGCUGCCUGACAUAGCAUCAUCAUACUGAGAGUCUGACUGUUUUUACUCCAACCACAGUUUACACAGGGCCAUCUUGAACACACCUUGAUGAGUAAACCUUCAUACAGAGAAUAGCAGCUCUUCAGUUACCAGCUAAGUCAUCUGGCUGGUAUGUUGGUAUGACUCAUGACAUGUAGUGAACUGACCUGAAGCAAGGUGUGUUCAGCCACUGGCAGUCAACAAAAACAGCUGCUGUUAUGUUACUCUGUAAACUACCUGUGUCUCAUCAUUGUGCUGAAUGAAUGUCAAAGCAGAAGUCCUCAUAUUAAUGUGAAACUACAGUAAAACUGCUUUUAGUUGUGUGUGUGUAUAAAGUAAAAUAAAACACAGUCCCUUCUGCUGCCCAAAAAUG